CCAAAACAUUACCAUUUUGCAUACACAUACAGGUACCUUAGAGUGCAUCCUCAAUGUUUUUUGGAGAGCAUUUUUUUUGGACUUUGUUCUUUCCGUGGUGUACAUGUACAUAUCAGAGAAUUCUAUGUAGUUUUAUUUGCUAAUUCAGUCUUUGGACAUAGGCUUUGUUUGUCCGCUGUUUGUUUCUUUAAAUCUUUUCGCAUUGGUGCAUAUGCAUACAUGUACCUGUGUAUACGUGUACAUGCACAUACUUUGUUAUGGUUCAUUUGAAAUGCAUGGAAUUGUUCUGUCAAUCAUACGGGAAACCUCAAUAAUUAUUAGCAUUUACUUGAGCAAGCACACAGAUGCACACCCACACUCACUCAUUCAGCAGCUGUGCAUGUGAUACUGCUGCGUGCAUUCACUCCAUUGGUUGUGGGGGGAGGACUGCCAGCCUCCUGUGCAACGUGUCCUUAUUAUGAUGAUUUAAUCGUCACCCAGGGACCGAGUGAGCCUACACACAGCCGGCCAUACACAGUGGUGGUGAUGCAAUGCCAUUUGGGGGAAUCACCUCUCUCUCACUGCCUAAGGCCAAUCACACUGGGCCUUUCAGUCAAGGUGGAGCCAGCCCACAGCUCAUUGCCAGCUUUAUUAGAGUCAAAGCACUGUUAUUCGGCUGGAGAGGCAAGAUUUCCAACAUCUCUCUAACCAAGGCAUUAGGAAUCCAUGGUACUAGUAUAGUACAUCUACAUGUAUAUUUGUACACGUGGCAAUUCUAACAUCAGAUUCUAAACUUAGUUUGUGAUUUCCUGUGCUUGUCCUGAGUAAGAGUGCAUGCUUUCAGUUUUGGUUUGCUGAGGUAUUCGCCCAAGAAGCAUCACUUGCAUAAGGUGAGGCGUGUUGUAAAUCACCAGAAGACAAUCCCAAAGAAGCCACCUAUGUUGUCCUUGUCCAAGGCAGUCAGCCGUUUCCCAGGCACCAUCUACACCAAGGACGUGAAGCCCAAGUUGACCAACUUGCAUCUCAAGCAUGGCUGGACCUCCGAAUCGGAGCCGUCGUCAUCCUCAGAGAGUGAAUCAGACCUCCCCAACCCACGCUCAUUUCUCUUUACUCGGCAGCGGGUCCGAGCGGCUUCGCCAAUCUUGGUGGAGUUGUAUCCGCCUGCCCCAGCCAAGGGAUGCAAGCGGGAGGUAGACCCCAGUAGUCCCACGAGUCCACCAAAGAAGAAUAAAGUGGUCCAACGUGGAGUCAGUCCUUUAGCCGAGUCAAACGAUAGAACUAAGGGGCAAAGGAAAGUAAGCAACAUCUCUACAUUGCCAGAAAAACCAGUGUUGAAAAAUCUCAGCAAGCCACUCCUGACGUUGUCCGAUUUUUCAGACAGUGAGGAUGAGUUUGAACCCUGCGGCAAGCGUUUCGUACACACACCUUCAAAGCAGAGUUGGCUGACUGGAACGUCACCUCAUAAGACUGCAAACUUAGGCCUGCCACAACGCUGUAGAAAAGAAGACAGACCAAUGGGCCCUCCUGUUCACAUCACUGUUCCAGAUAUAAAAAAGGGUGAUAAAAGUGAAUCAUCGGUCACUGGGAGUGGGAAGAACAAGUCUUUGGGGUCCAGAACUGAUUCAAAAGUCAUUUUAGAUUUCUGUCGGCGACAGCGAGACAUUAUUGAAGCAGUUGUUGAAGAGAGCUUCAUUGAUGAUGCCAUCAUCUUCAUCCGCGACUUUGCCACACUACACCGCGGAGCGCCAGAGGAGUACAUGAUGUAUCUUCUGAAAGAUGUUUUGCUUGCAGAUGGAAUGGAAGACUGCACUGUCCUGAAUGGAUACGAAGCCUUAGUGCACAUACGCGGUCUGCAUCCCACUGCUGCCACCAGUCUGACUGUAGACUGGGAUCUCCUGACAACCAUCGUCAAGAAGCUCAAUCUGGGGACAAGGUCGGAGGGCACUCAGACCCCACGCCUGGCCCACGUGCUUGCCUUGCAGUUUGUCGUCAUCGUCCUGACAGAGGAUUUCCAGGCAGCAAGGGCGAGGAGGAAGUCCUGUGCCCAAGGUUUGCUGUCGGCAGACAUGUGUCUUGCCCACGUGCGUACCGUGAUACAGUGGCUGUGCCAGACUGUUACCAAUAAGCUCGCACCGUGCCCCACCGUGCCCGAACCCCAGCAGGAAGCCCCACACGAGGACCGGAAUGUCUGGCAGUUUCUGCGGCAGAUCACCAAAGACUCCAACUCCAAGCCGGACAGAGCCACACAGAUAGCCACACGGACCAUGUGGUCAGAGGGCUACCUCACUGUCCUGCAUCUCUUCCAAAAACUCGUUUUUCUCAGCUAUGCUGUGGGGAAGAGUAAUAGUGCUCUCAAAAUUGCCGAAGAGUUUCUCUACCCAUAUCUCUACAUUCCAAGCCUGGACCUCAGGAAAAUAUGCCUCCAAACACUGACCUGUGACCCUGUCAGGUCAAAGCUUAUAGAACUCUUGCUAGAGAACCUCUGUGAGCAGAAGUCCAUGGAACAGCAAGGUGUGCUGUCCAUCCACAAGAUGGUGACCUGUCACUUCAGAUCGGGCCCCAUGAGAAUCAGUGAGUUCGUGCUGGCGGAGCGUGACGUGCAUGUGGGCGACAGGAGGAAGGGUUGGUCCCCUAGCAAUGGGAUGCAGGAGCGGCGGAUGGACGAAUGCGAGGAGCUGGCCAUGCUGCUGUUCUGUCUUCUGCAGAGCUAUAUCCGGAACAAGACAGCCCAGUCACUACAGACAGGGAGCAAAGGUGUCCAGUCAUCUCAGUGCUGCGACAAGUCCUCACGGAGGUCCGGGCUGUACCACCCUGCGGCUGAGGCUGGGCUGAGCAUGGAGGACAGGGAGUGCCUCCUGCAGAUGGGCGACCACGUAGAGGUGCUGGAGGCCUGUCUGAGGGACCACUGUGAUCGGCUGACACCUAGGACCAGGCUGUACCUAGCGCAGAUUGAGAGCAUGAGGGAACUGGCUUGAUGACGAGGGACGGUAGGGGCCAGAUUCUACUCACACACGCAUGUACCUCAGAUUUAAGAAGGCAACAACGUACCUCAGAAUACCGGGAGAUAUGUGUAUGGGGCUUCAAGAUUUAUGGCCACGUUUAUCGUCUCAUCCAAAAUGUGUGCCAUUCAGCUGUCCAUGCUGGUAAAGAGUCAUUACGCCUUGAUUAAAACGACUGCUUAGUUUUCACGACAGUAGUGUACAUGUAAAUGAUGAAAGCUGGACUGACAGUUCUGGCAACCUUGUUUGGUUUGUUGGGCAGUGUGCGCAUACCUGUAUGUGCCAAGUGAGUAGCGUGGUCUUUCAGACAUGUUUUUUUUUGCCUGCAGAGACACCAGCAUGUUUCACCACAAUGCUGCAUCCUUGAUGUACAUGGAAUACCUGCAUGGGUCCUUUGUUUUCAUGGACCCAAAGUAAAAGGGGAUGGGGACAUCGCAUGUCACUCCUACUGUGAAUGCGAUCUGUAUUCCAACCUGAAUGUGAAUCUCAUUCCAUUGAAUGUUGAGAUUUGAAGCUUUUCGUGGUGGAGGUAGCAAGUAAACAAGAUAGGUUUGUGGUAGCACCACGGGUAUACCUCU